CUCCUAAGACACCUUGGGGCGGGGGGGGGGAGAGUCGUACCUAAUACUGUCCAUUUAUUAACUGCUGGCUUUCCCGAGGUCAUUCUGUUGCCCCUCUUUCCUCUCUGCCCCCUGCCCCAUAAAGUUCUCUUUGUUUUAACCCCUGAACUCCCCAUCCCUCUCAAAGCUAUGCAGCAUGAGUUGGUCUCCUAGUAACAUGCCUAUUAUCUAUAACCACCUCAUCACACCUCUCCCUAAUAAACCAGUCACGUCCUAUUCCCUGAGCCUGUCAGUUUUCCCAUACUCCCUGCUUCCCUUUGAAUCUCGUGCCUUACAGUCUCUCUGGUCACACCUUGCUCUGCUACAGAUGCUAACUGCAUUGUAAUCUUCCGCGCUGAUUUGAGUUUGUAGGUGUUGCCUGUCAACUGCUGGGAGUCAGGGUUCUGUGAUUCUGUGCGAUGCAGUACAAACGUGCUACAAUGAGGCCAGACUCAUGUGGUAGGUGGGAGAGAAGGGGAAAUGAUUAGCAAUCCGGCAUCUCUCUUAGUCCAAAGGCAGGUGCUGCUACACCUACGGCCCGGAGGCUAGUGGGUUGAUGGAGCAGUUACUGCAGGAGUUUAGAAAAGGUGGCUGGGUGUUGGGAAUAUAGGACUAGUGAUAUUUGAAGGCAAUUAACACCGAGGUGUGACAGGAAUUAUUUAGGGCAGCACAAGAGGCGGACAAGGGGGCCAAUUAUGAGCCAUGGGGAUGAAACUAAACAAGGGAAAAGAUCGGACAAAGUCCCUGACAGUGCCCCAAGGAAGCCCCAUCUCUUCAGAUUUCAAACCCAGGCUGCACAACAGCCUGCAGGGAUCAAUCCUGCCCUGAUAGGGAGAGGGGAUGGGGUGAUCUUUUUCAGCUCUAAUUCCUCCAUUAAAUCAGAUGGAAGAACAUGGUGAAAAACUACAUUUCCCAGUCUCCCCUGCAGCCCUGGGGAUAUAAGCAAUUGGAAGAUUUAAAUAGACCAGGCCUGAAGCAACCAACCUUUGGCACAUAGAAUUCCCCUCCUCUUCUCUGUAUCCAUUGGCUGUUUAACCUUUUUUCUGGUGUUGGACUGGCUGCCCAGCCUGGCAUUAAUUUUUCUUCCAAGCUUGCUAGGCCCAUGAAGUAAACAGCCAUGUGCAUUCCUUGCUCUAUAUUUAACAGCUGCAGUCUGUGCUGGGGGAGACUGCACAAGAAGGGAAUCCGUGUCGCUUACCAAAUUCCUCUCGCUGAAGGGGGGAGGUGGGGAGAGCUGAUUGGAAGGGGAGAGGGGUUUCUCUCCUGUACAGUUUUUUGAAAGCAGGUUUCAUCUAGGGAGACUCCACAAUGCCAGCAUCCCAAAGCCGGGCCAGAGCCAGAGAGCGGAACAAUGUCCUGAACAGGGCUGAGUUCCUCUCAUUGAACCAGCCCAUGAAAGGGAACCAGGAGACCAGGAGCUCCAGCAGAAAGCAGGGCAGCCAGUCUGGUCUGGCUCCCACCCAAAACGAGGGCACCAAGGAGCGGAGGCAAUCGCAGCAGCUUCCCGAGGAGGACUGCAUGCAGCUGAACCCCUCCUUCAAGGGAAUUGCCUUCAACUCCCUGCUGGCCAUCGAUAUCUGCAUGUCCAAGAGGCUGGGGGUCUGUGCCAGCCGCGCCUCGUCCUGGGGCAGCGCCCGCUCCAUGAUCACACUCAUCGGGAUCACAGGGCAUGGCGUACCCUGGAUCGGGGGCACACUCAUCUGCCUGGUGAAGAGCAGCACGCUGGCGGGACAGGAGGUCCUCAUGAACUUGCUGCUAGCCUUACUCCUGGACAUCAUGAUUGUUGCAGGAUUGCAGAAGCUGGCCAAGCGACGAGGCCCAUACGAUGUCCACCCCGGCCUCUUGGACUAUCUGACCAUGGACAUCUAUGCUUUCCCAGCUGGCCAUGCCAGCCGAGCUGCCAUGGUGUCCAAAUUCUUCCUCAACCACCUGGUUUUGGCCAUCCCACUCCGGAUCCUGCUGGUCCUCUGGGCCUUCUGCGUGGGGCUUUCCCGCAUCAUGAUUGGACGGCACCAUAUCACAGAUGUCCUGUCUGGCUUUGUCUUUGGCUACUUGCAGUUCAGGCUGGUGGAGUUGUUGUGGAUGUCUUCCAACACGUGUCAGAUGAUAAUAUCAAUCUGGUGAACACAAGAAUCCCUGACAGAAACUAGCAGACACUUUAAGAUUCUCUCUCUCAUUUUUUUAAAAUAUAAUUCUUCAUAUUUAUUGGGAAAAAAAUUAACUUCCAUAAGUAGUAGUAUUCUUUUUACUGUUGCUCCCCUGCCUGAAAAAAAAUGUUUCUUGCAGAUGGUUAGGCUUCAGCAAUCAAGGGCCAGCUAUCACAGUAUUUUGGCCACUUUUUAAAAUCCCAUUUGGAUGGUAACCAAACUAAGCAGUAAAGAUAACAAAAUGAGUUCUCUUUGGAUGGUGCACAUCUGAUGCCCAGGUGUGUUCUCAGAAAACCUGUUAUCCCUUUGGGAUGCGUUAAUUAGCUUCUUGGAGGCAAAACGUUUUGGGGCGAAGUUCUACAGCGCUUUUUCUGUCUGCCAGCCCAACGGUUGUGUCUUGUACAGGGCCGGGCACACUGCCGGCACCUCACAGAUAAUAAAUAAUCAUAAAAGUUC